AUGCGUUCUUUGGGGAUCUCACUAGAGACGCUUUCGGCCAACCGCCCAACCGCAACCACAACAUUGGUGCUGCUACCCGUUGUUAUCCCCGUGGCUUACGUCUUCUACACUAGCUGGUCAGUGUAUCGAAACACUACCUCGGUAUCUGGUACACUUCCCAGUCGCGAUGAAUCUUCUGCUCCAGGGACGUCACAUCCAGUGGAACCGCACAGUCUGCCUGAUGAAAUCGCCAACGAUCGGUCUCGGUGGGUUGUAGCGUAUGAGAAAGUCAUCUCGAAACCGUUGUUACCCUCAUCCCUUGGUUAUCUUCCUGAACAAUCGUCACCCUCGGGUUCUACGACCCAACCGUCAAGGCUGCUCCAGCAGGUGUGCAGAGCCAUGCACAAAGCCUUCAGCCGGACUCCUCAGGCAACUAUUAUACGUCGUGCAAUCUCAGAGCCGCUGAAUAAAGGCAGCUUCGACCCCGAAUGGAUUGACAACUUAUCUUUCAAACUCGGCGAUAUUGUCAAUGGUGUAUACAAGGUAUCCUCUGUUACAAAUGAUGAAGCAACGGGCUCGGAACGGGUUGAGCUUCUCAUUGACAUUCCCCCGUCUUACAAGGGCCCGUCUGUUCGAGGUUUAAUUUUAGCUGCUAUUGAGCCUGCACCGUCUGCGGACUCGGAUCAAAAAUGGGCUGUCGAGCGGAAGAUUGUAUUUGUCAAUGAGACAUGGAUGUGGCGACCCGUGGAUGAAAAACCUACACUUCUUGAGACGUCCUUUGGACGAUGGUUCCAUCGUCUCCUGGCCGGAUGGUUGGUUCUCAAAGGGAUCACAGGGGCCAAAGGGGAGAGAGGGAUUUGCUGA